UCCUACUCCGGUAACGGAAGCCAAGCAUCGCUGAUGCCACCGUUCAGCGGCCUUAUGCUUGAUGAAAGCUCCAGGUCUAAAAGGCCGUAUAAAUGGCAAAGGGUUUUGCUAAAGGUAAGCGGCGAAGCGCUUGCCGGAGAUCAUACGGAAAACAUUGACCCAAAGGUUACAAUGGCAAUUGCAAGAGAGGUUGCUUCCGUCACCAAACUAGGCGUAGAGGUUGCUAUUGUUGUUGGUGGCGGCAAUAUCUUCCGUGGGGCCUCUUGGGCUGGAUGUAGUGGUCUUGACCGCUCCUCUGCGGAUUACAUCGGUAUGAUGGCCACUGUGAUGAAUGCAAUAUUUCUUCAAGCAACAAUGGAGAGCAUUGGGAUACCGACCCGUGUCCAAACUGCAUUCCGUAUUUCAGAAGUUGCAGAACCAUACAUACGCCGAAGAGCAAUCAGGCACUUAGAGAAAGGAAGAGUUGUUAUAUUUGCUGCUGGGACAGGGAACCCAUUCUUUACAACUGAUACAGCUGCUGCUCUCCGUUGUGCAGAAAUCAAUGCAGAGGUAGUGCUCAAGGCAACCAAUGUUGAUGGUGUGUAUGAUGCGAACCCUAAGCAUAACCCAAAUGCCCGCAUUCUCGAGACAGUGAGCUAUAACGAGGUUAUCUCAAGAGACCUCUCAGUAAUGGACAUGACUGCUGUCACACUAUGCCAAGAGAACAACAUUCCUGUUGUCGUGUUCAACCUCCAAAACACUGGAAACAUCGCGAAAGCCAUCGUUGGCGAGAAGGUCGGUACCUUCAUAGGCUGCACAAGGAAUCUGGAAUACCGCGAAAGCACGGAGGGUUCACUGGAUCAAGAAGACAAGAUCUUGGUUAGUGAGUGGUGAAUCCAAGAGCAGUGUGUCUCCCUAGCUGGAUUAUAGAAUAGAUUAGCUAUCCAAGUAGUACCGGUUUAAUUGUAAUACUCGAAGAAGAGAAAUCACUCUGGACAUAAAAAUUCGCAGAAAACUGCUGCUAUGCUGUGUAUGAUAGAAUGUAGGAGUAGUCUCCUGUGGCAUGUAUGGUGGCUGAACCUAAAUAAUACUUCUAUUGCUCCUGAUGGUAUUGGUGAGCAACAGAAGGUGAGGGUUUCUAGUCUGGUUUCCUCUCUACUUUCUUUACUGGAAAAUUUGUGGGAGGUCCAAA